CUGAGCUUCCCCGGAUCGGCGCGAACCCCUGAAUCACUGGCAAAACUCUUUCUUCCACCACCCCUGAACAAAACCUCCUAUCAAAACAAUUAUGACCUCCUGCACAGACGACGACGCCUCGUGCGAAAAACCAACAAGCCAUGCGAUUAUUUACGGCGUGCCGGCUGUUAUAUCUGUCGUUUUCCUAAUCGCCUUUAUAAUUGCCUGCUAUAUAUUCGUCCGACGAUACCGACAGAGAGAACGCGCCGAGGACGAGAGGAUGGAACAGUUACGGGAAUUACGGGCCUUCAAGAGGGUGGAUGAGCAUGGGACUUGGGCGGAGCGCAGGGAGCAUGGGCUUCCUCCUGUAUAUUCACCAGGGGGGAGGGGGAGGGGGAGGGACAGCAGGGAUGAUUUUUAACAGCCGGUUGUCUAAAUACUGAAGGGGUGAAGGAUGAACCUGUCCACAGAGUAAACAGGAACGGAAUCCUAAGCAAAGAGCAGUCGGUCACUACAUCACGGCUCAUAAACUGUAAAACCCAGUCAGGGACGGAGAUAAAGAAGCAAUCCCGGAUACCAGUAUCACAACUUAUACAGUUGAUGACGACGGUAAUUUCAUUUACCCUGACCCCUCGCAGAGCGGGCGGAAGAAGUGGGUUUAACCUGGGUAUGCAGUUGCUUUAGCUAAUCAGUCUGCCGCGUUAUUGCUGGGGUUAUAUACUUUGGAUUACUUGCAAGGCUGAUCUGCUAUUACAUAUAAUAGCGGCU